AAGCUAACUGACGUAACUAUUUCACUUUAGAAACACUAGACUUUGGACUUCUUGCUAGCGCGCAGAAACGGCAUCUAUCAGGAUAAUAUAUUUAUAGCAGAAUAUACGUUUAUCGAUAGUUUUAAUGCUUGCAACCGAAGCUAUAUCACUUUAGAGGCUUGUUUGACUUGCUACUUUCUAUCUGUUAUCUGCGAUCUGUCCGGAGCAGAGUUGAACAAUGAAAGUGCACAGGGUCGUCCUUGCUUCUCGGCCUGGUAAAAAUGGGGUGCCAGCUCCUGAAAAUUUCCGCCUGGAGGAGACGACUUUAUCAACUGAGUUAAAAGAGGGAGAAGUUCUGGUGCGGACGCUGUACCUGUCUGUGGACCCAUACAUGAGGUGCCGUAUGAACGAGGACACAGGGUCGGACUAUCUCCGCCCUUGGCCCCUCGGUGAAGCUGCAGACGGUGGAGGGGUGGGCCUGGUCCAGUCCAGCCGCUGCAGCUCACUGUCUGAGGGAGAUGUGGUCACCUGCUUCACCUGGCCCUGGCAAACGCACGCUGUCCUGCAGGGGGCGACUCUACAGAAGUUGGACCCUCAGCUUGUGGAUGGGCAUCUCUCGUACUUCCUGGGUGCUGUGGGGAUGCCCGGCCUCACCUCUCUGUUCGGCGUCAGAGACAAAGGCCAUGUGACCAAAGGACAAACCAUGGUGGUCAGUGGAGCGGCCGGCGCCUGUGGGUCUAUAGCAGGACAGAUCGGUCAUCUGGACGGCUGCUCCACCGUCGUCGGGAUCUGUGGCUCUGAGGAAAAGUGCAAAGCUGUAGUGGAAAAACUUGGCUUCACUUCAGCUUUAAACUAUCGAGAGGGAAACGUGUCCAACCGACUCAAACAGCUCUGUCCAAACGGAGUGGACGUUUACUUCGAUAACGUGGGAGGAGACAUCAGCGACACCGUAAUAUGCCAGAUGAACAAAAAUGGCCAUGUGAUUCUGUGCGGUCAGAUUUCUCAGUACAACAAAGAUGUUCCGUACCCUCCUCCUCUGAGCGAACAAACCCAGGAAGCUCUGAAUAAAAACAACAUCACCAGGGAAAGGUUCUUGGUCCUAAACUACAUGGACAAAGCCGACGCCGCCAUCUGCGAACUCAGUCAGCUAGUCAGGGCCGGACAGGUCAAGGUUUUGGAGACGGUUGUGAAUGGGAUUGAAAAUAUGGGAGUUGCCUUCUGCUCCAUGAUGAAAGGAGGAAACAUCGGCAAACAGAUCAUCAAGAUAUCAGACUGAGAUGACACUUUUUGUCCCAGGAGCCUUAUUUUACCCUUUAGAUUCAGUGGCGACCGUAACAUCCUUCUCCUGACCAGUGACUGUAAAUGAAUCUAAAUAAUUGUCUGUUUUUUCUGGUUAAUUCAUAUGUUCAAUUUUCAUUUUAAAAUACCAAGCAGUUAACAUAUGCAAUAAAAUAUACACAGUUUAGUUUGGACUGCAGAACCUGAGAAAAAAAUCCAUAAAUCCAUAAAUAUAAAUUUGCUGAUAAGAAACCUGCAUUCUGUGUAUUUUAUAAAGAAAUUGAAUUAUAUGUGAGGAGUAUUCAAUCUUGUAAUAACUCAAAGGCAAUAAAAACAGUAGAAUUCUGGUCCUGUUUUUUUUUUGUUUUUGUUUUGUUUUGUAGCCUUACUUUACCUUUUGACGCAAAGAUGACCCUAACAUGACUGAAAUUACUUUAAAUGAAUGAAUUUGUCUGUUUAAAAAAACAAUAAUGAAAGACUGAAAUAUGGUGAUUGAAGACUUCGUGUGCCAUUGCUGCUUUUGUUUUUUGUUUUUUUUUGGUUUAGUUUUUCUGUAUCCUGAUUUUACCCUUUGAUACACUAAUUACUGUUUUUUUGUUGUUGUUUUUUUUACAACUUUAAUGAUUAUGAAACACUUACCAAUUAAGGUUACAUAAUAAAACUGUCAAAUUUAAACCUC